GUGAAAUAUAGAACCAUUUCACAUUUUAUCAAAUUUAAUUGUAAAAAAAGCUCUUAAUUGUAGUAAUGAUCUUUUCCAGUAUUUUCCCAGGGGCUUCAGGCCAAAGAAUGAUUUAAGAAGUACCAUGAAAUUUUCCUCUUAAAUAGAUCUCGAUGCUUGUUCUGAGCAAAUUUUUAAUUCAGAAUUUGUUUUCCUUCCCUGAAGGUGAUCUUCAUUCUUUCUUCUCCUUCAAAGUUUCUGAUUUUAACCACCUUUUUUUUUUUGCCACCUUAGACAAAAAGAGAAGUAGGUUUUGAGGUUUAAUUUAAACGAAGAUGGGGAAUUGCUGGAAGAGGACCUUUCCGGGCAUAUUGAACAUAAGCCAGGGGAAAGGGAGAUGAGAACAAAUGGGUACAGAGGAGAAGAGGAAUCUAAGGGAAACAAUGUACACUUGAUGGAGGAAGGGCUGGGGUUCAAGUAAGAAUACUGAUGUUUUCCAUUGUUCUGUGAACCUGGAAAGAAAAAGCAUGCCCAAAUCCAAAGAAUACCGUGUAUACUUUGGGGCUGAAGCUGGGGUUCCUGAGGGCAGUCCCUUCAUUCUGAAAAAACCCAGGAACAUCAGGCCCUACCCAGCUCAUUGGAUGGUAGCUCCUCUUUGACCAAAGAUUUGUGCAGCCCCCACACCCCCGACAUUUUUCGUUAGUAAUAAAGAAGAUGAAGAUACGGGUAAGGAGAAGUCUCUUUUUAAAGGAUUCUUCGUGGUCCUAGGAUCCCAAACUUUCUCUCACUCCCCAAAAACAAGCGCAUCUGUCCCAAAAGUAAAAGCCAGAUAGAUCCGUGCCUAGAAAUAACAUUUAUUCUAAGGGCGUGGCGCAGUGCAUCAUGGGAAUCGCUUUCCCUCCCCUCCUUUUCUACCCCACCUUGUGCUCUUACCCCUCCCCUCCGCAGCCUCUGAAAUGAUUGGCAAGCCAUGUGAUUCCCUCCUUUGCCCCUCCGCUUGGACACCUGGAGACGAAUGGACAGAUACAGCGACAAACCACAAGACCCCUAAUUUCUCCUCCAGCCAAUAGAAAACUUGGCAGCCCCUCCAGCCCCAUGCCUUGCUUCUUUCCUCUCUCUUCUUUUCUCGUUUUGAACCCGCCUUCCUACUCCAUCGCCUAACCUUCGACGUUUGACAACUCGACCGGCCAAUGAGAAGUUCCCGCUCUGGGUGGAGACUCGAUCAAGUGAUGGGCAUCCAAUCCGGCCAAUUGAUCGCUCUACCUGUGGGCGGGGUGUGAAAGGCAGCCAGUGGUGCGGCGGCAUAGAUGAACGGAGAAGAAAAGGGGCGGGAAGUGCUUCUCUGAAGGAAGGAGGGGAAGGCCCUGGAACCUAGCGCUUGCCGCUGCCGCCGCCGCUGCCGCCGCCGUCACCGCUGCCCGAGUCGGAGGAGGAGAAGCCAGAAAGAAAAUGGCGGCCGUGGCUGCGGAGGCGGCAGCGACUGCAGCGUCCCCGGGGGAGGGGGGCGCCGGCGAGGCCGAACCAGAGAUGGAGCCCAUCCCCGGCAGCGAGGCGGGCGCCGAGGCCGGCACCGAUCCCCUGCCUGUGACCGCCACCGAAGCCCUGGUGCUUGACGAGGCGGACAGCAAGCCCGCUCCUCAGGCCGAUGAGCCGCCGCAGCCGCCACCGGGGGAGCUCGCCCGGAGUCCCGGAGCGGCGGGGCCCGAGCCCGAGCCCGAGCCCCGGCUGGAGCCCGACUCUCCGAGGCUCGAGCCCGAGGAGAAACCUCCCGCUCGCUCUGAGGAGAGUGAACCGAAGGAGGAGGGGGAGGCGACGACAGCCCCACCGGGACCCGAGCCCCUGACGCCGCCGCCGGAGGAAGGGAAAGAGCCGGCUCCCGAGGAGCCGCCGCCACCGCCGCCGCCGCCGCCGCCGCCUCAGCCCCAACCCCAGCCCGCGGCCCCGGCGCUGGUCCCGCCGGCGGGCGGGGACUCGGCCGUGGCUCAGCUGAUCCCGGGCUCGGAGGUGCGGGUCACCCUGGACCACAUCAUCGAGGACGCGCUCGUGGUGUCCUUCCGUCUCGGGGAGAAGCUUUUCUCGGGGGUCCUCAUGGAUCUGUCCAAAAGGUUUGGGCCCCAUGGAAUCCCAGUGACAAUUUUCCCCAAAAGAGAAUACAAAGAUAAACCUGAAGCCAUGCAGCUCCACAAUAGAUCAUUCCAAGAAGGAACAGAAAUCAAAUGUGACUUGAAUGGUGCUGGUCCUGAUGACCAUUCUCCCAUUCAGCCACCAGAACCUAGCCUUGCUAAAAGCCUGUGGACUUCUAAACCACCUCCUCUCUUUCAUGAAGGAGCACCUUAUCCUCCCCCUUUGUUUAUCAGGGACACAUAUAACCAAUCAAUACCUCAGCCUCCUCCUCGGAAAAUUAAACGACCCAAAAGGAAAAUGUACAGGGAGGAGCCCACUUCUAUAAUGAAUGCUAUCAAACUACGACCCAGACAAGUCCUAUGCGACAAAUGUAAAAACAGUGUUGUUGCAGAAAAAAAGGAAAUUAAAAAAGGUGGCAAUGCAAGUGACUCAUCUAAAUGUGACGAUAACAAAAAACGGAGAAAUGAAAGUGUAACUACUGUGAAUAAAAAACUUAAAACUGACCAUAAAAUGGAUGGGAAAAACCAAAAUGAAAGCCAGAAAAGAAAUGCUGUGGUCAAAGUUUCAAAUAUUGCUCACAGCAGAGGCAGAGUAGUUAAAGUAUCUGCUCAGGCUAAUACUUCAAAAGCUCAGUUAAGUACUAAAAAAGUGCUCCAGAGUAAAAACAUGGAUCAUGCAAAAGCUCGGGAAGUGUUGAAAAUGGCCAAAGAAAAGGCACAAAAGAAACAGAGUGAAACUUCCACUUCCAAAAAUGCACAUUCUAAGGUUCACUUCACCCGUCGGUUUCAGAACACCAGCUCAGGUUCCCUUCCACCCCGGUUGCGUUUGAAGCCACAAAGAUAUAGGAAUGAAGAAAACGACUCUUCCCUGAAGGCCGGACUUGAGAAAAUGCGGAGUGGCAAGAUGGCACCCAAAACCCAGUCUCGCUGCACCUCUACCCGCUCAGCAGGUGAGGCCCCUUCAGAAAAUCAGAAUCCCUCAAAAGGUCCUGAAGAGGUCAACAGUGAGGUUCAGGACCCAAGUGAAGUACAUGUGCCUGAUGAGCAGGAUGAACAGCAGACAUUGGGCAAAAAGGGCAGCAAAAGCAAUAUCACUGUUUACAUGACCCUAAAUCAAAAGAAAUCUGACUCUUCCAGUGCAUCAGUGUGUAGCAUUGAUAGCACAGAUGAUUUGAAAUCUUCCAAUUCAGAGUGUAGUUCUACUGAAAGCUUUGAUUUUCCUCCAGGCAGUAUGCAUGCACCUUCCACCUCUUCCACUUCAUCCUCUUCAAAGGAAGAGAAAAAGCUCAGUAAUUCCUUGAAAAUGAAAGUGUUUUCCAAAAACGUCUCUAAAUGCAUCACACCAGAUGGCAGGACCAUAUGUGUAGGGGACAUUGUUUGGGCCAAGAUUUAUGGCUUCCCAUGGUGGCCAGCCCGUAUUCUUACUAUAACUGUAAGCCGGAAAGAUAACGGCCUCUUAGUCCGACAGGAGGCCCGUAUUUCAUGGUUUGGGUCUCCAACAACAUCUUUCCUUGCACUAUCGCAACUGUCCCCCUUUUUAGAAAACUUCCAGUCACGCUUUAAUAAGAAGAGAAAGGGCUUGUAUCGCAAGGCUAUCACAGAGGCAGCUAAGGCUGCAAAGCAGCUGACUCCCGAAGUGCGGGCCCUGUUGACACAAUUUGAAACGUGAACAUGGACAGUAAGGUAGGCAAGAAAAGUUUGGAGGCUCCACAAAAUUUUAUUAGGCUAGUUAGAAAUAACACAAAGUAGAAAUGGCCAAAACCGGGAAGAGAAAAAGAAAUUGCACUCAGUUGGCUGCUUUCUUUUAAUACUAAAAUUGUUCUCUUGAUAACUUUCUUGACAGGCAAACUAAACCAAUUGAACAUGCAGUCAAAUUUUUUCUUAACCUGAAAAGUUUAGCAAUAUUUUCAAAUAAAAAUCUUGCAUUUUUAAAUUCCUCAACCUUACCCCAAGGCAUAGGAGCCAUAGCCUCAAUUGAAAGGCAUUUUUAUGCAGGGAAUAUACAUCAGUUUCUUCCGAAUAUGUAGCCUAUUACUAUGUGACACAGGUUACAGACCUGGGGGAUGGUAGUAAUAGCUGUGAGUGGGGUGGUCCAGUAGGAACGUUUGGGAUUUUAGUGACCACUUGUUUUUAUUUUUAUUUUGUUUGUUUGUUUUAUAAAGAACACAUAAGCCUUUCUAUGCACACAAGGGCAAAUUUGACACUUCAGUUUUUGACAAGCUGAAAUAGGGAUGGAUGCUCAUUGUUCAGAGGCAGGCUGCAGAAUUGCUCAAGAGUUUGGGAUCAAGGGCUGUCAAUGCUGCAUAGUUGAGAAUCAUAACUUCCUGUUUUUCUUCCAUUGAAAAAAAAACCUUCCAAGGUUCUGACUUGGGAGUUUAGAUAAAGAGGUUUGUUUUGAAAAAUGUAAAUAAUUGAUUGCUAAAUUGGUCAGAUUUUCUCCUGACUGGCUGUUCCUAAAUUUUUAGGAUACGUCCUAGUAAAUUACACUUUGUGAAUUACUUGUCAUGUGUAAUUGUUGCAUUUUGGAUGUACCUAAUUUCAUAAUUUUGAAAAAAAUAUUUCCGUUUAAGGUAUCUGUUUGCAGGUCAGAAAGUAAGAAAAUGUAAUUGUGUAAUGCUCUGAUAUGUACAAAAAUGUAAAUAAAAUU